AAGUACUGCAUAAAUAUACCUAUUAAACAUUAUUAUGCUGUUGAUAAUUUUACACAAAAACGCGCGUCAAUUACGAAAACAAGUUAUCGUAUGCGAUUUAUUUUUUAUAUAUACCGACCUAUAUCUAUCUUAUACUUAACUGACUACUGAGUGCAAUUUUCCUGUGAACUGUGGACUGUGGUACGGGUAAUUUUUAAAAAUUUAUUACCGUCAUUCGGUGAUUAAAUCUAUCAUUGGAUUUCGUAUCGCAUUAAUUAUUGUCAACUAUCUUAUAAUAUCCAUAUUAUAACAGAACAACAGGUACUAUUAUCAAAUUGGAUAGGAAAAAACAAAUAAUUCAAUAUUAUAAGUUACAAUUAAUUGUUAUUUAUACGUUUUUCUCCGUUCUAAGUUGAAAAUAAUUUCAAAUUAUCAACACAAAAUGUAUCAGAGGUUUAUUGAUGAUUCUUCUGCUGGCCCUUCAUCUAUGGUAGCUAUGAACCCGGACGAAUUACAACCACCAUCUCUGAAGUCGACUAUGCCCAAAUCAACAUGUGAAAAAACAUCAGCACUUAAGUAUUUGCAUGCGAAAAAGAAGUCUGGCCGUGAAUAUACAGUUUCCAUUAUUCUCAUAUUUAUUUGGCUUUUUUGUACUAUAGUUCUCAUGGCAAAACAAGAAAGGAAAGUAGAUGAUGUCCAUCAAAUAACAUUAGCUCCAAAUGAAACUAAAACUCAGAUAAUAUAUAAAAACCAUAUGCCAAACACUAAUAAAAUACAAUUAAUAUUGGCUGGAGCAUUUAUGCCUGAUUAUUAUAGAAUUUUGGCAACACAUUUUUUUAACAUUUGGAUAGAGUUUGAACCAACUGAAGAAUAUGAUAUACCGUCAAAAUUAGGAUUGAAAUUGGAUGACAUUCAUCAAAGCAGGAAUAUAACUCAAAUAUGGUCCAUACCAAUUGUGAGUGAAUCACUUGUUGAAGUUGUUCCCGAAAUGCAUCAUAAUAAAAUUUUUAAAUUGUUUUCCAAUGUUACUCUUCAUGGUGAUACUAGACUUUGUAUGAAUACUACAUUGAGUACUAACUUUCCUAUUGCAUUGACAUAUGAUUUGUUUCCAAUCAACACAGAAUAUGGUAUAAUUUAUGCUGCUCUUGUAUUGAUUGGACUUUAUAUACUAAUUAUAACUGAAGUUGUACAUAAAUCAAUUGCAGCAAUAUUAGCAGCCACUAUGUCAAUUUCCAUACUAGCGCUAUUAGAUGAAAGGCCAACCAAAGAUGAAUUGUCUUCUUGGGUGGAUAUUGAAACGUUGCUUCUCCUAUUCUGUAUGAUGGUUAUUGUUGGUAUUCUAUCUGAAACUGGAAUCUUCAACUACUUAGCAAUUUUAGCAUACAAAGAAACUAAAGGUAAAAUUUGGCCAUUGAUCAAUACAUUGUGCUUCUUUACUGCUAUCGUAUCUUCUGUAUUGGAUAAUGUUACCACUGUUCUUCUAAUGACGCCUAUAACCAUAAGGUUGUGUGAAGUAAUGCAAAUGAAUCCAGUACCCACGCUUAUGUGUAUUAUAUUUUAUGCAAAUUUAGGAGGGGCUUUAACAUUAAUUGGAGAUCCACCAAAUGUAAUAAUUGGAACAAAUAAAGAUGUUAUUGCAAGUGGAAUUGAUUUUACAACGUUUUCUUUACAUAUGGGUGCUGGUUUAGUAUUCAUAUUUAUAACAGUAAAUCUACAUUUAAGGUUUAUUUUCCGUAAUAUGCAAGAUUUAAAAUUUACUGAACCUCCUAAUGUAACUGAAUUAAGACAGGAAUUAGCAAUUUGGCAAAAAGCUGCAUUUUCUUUGUCUUCUUAUUCAAAAGAAGAAGGAGUUGUAAGAGAUAAACUUCUAAGAAAAUGUAAAACCAUAUUUUCCAAGCUUAAAGACACUCUUAAAGGUUUCAAAGUUGAUGUUUUGCCAACGGAAAGACUUCAAAAUUAUGAUGAAUCCAUCAAGGAUUUUUUAAAUAAGGAAAAUCAUUUAGAUAAAAGUCUUUUAUGGAAAUGUGCUAUUACAUUAGGAUUUGUUAUUACUCUGUUCUGCCUGCAUUCAAUUCCUCAACUAAACCUCAGUCUUGGGUGGAUUGCUUUACUUGGAACAUUACUUUUGCUUAUACUUGCUGAUCAUGUUGAUAUUGAAUGUAUACUGGGCCGAAUUGAAUGGGCAACAUUAUCAUUCUUCGCUGCACUGUUUAUUUUAAUUGGAGCAUUAUCUGAGCUAGGUUUGAUUGAAUGGGUAGGUAAACAAACAGAAGUGAUAAUUAUGUCUGUGUCCAAAGAAUACCGAUUGUCAAUUGCUAUAAUUUUAAUUCUUUGGGUUUCUACUAUUGUCUCCUCAUUUGUUGACAAUAUUCCAUUAACUACUAUGAUGAUAAAGGUGAUAACGUCAUUGUCUCAAAAUCCUGAACUAGAAUUACCAUUACCACCUUUGGUAUAUGCAUUAGCGUUUGGUGGUUGUCUUGGUGGGAAUGGAACACUGAUUGCUGCUUCAUGUAAUAUGGUAUGUGCUGGAGUAGCUGAACAACAUGGAUACAGAAUGUCCUUUAUGCAAUUCUUCAAAGUUGGAUACCCAGUGAUGUUAGGUAGCAUAAUUAUUGCUACAAUAUACUUGCUUGUUACUCAUGUAACAUUUGGAUGGAAUGUAUAAUGUUUGUUUCAUCAUCAGAUUUUCAAAAAAUGUUCCUGUGAAAAUAUCUAAC